AUGGCCCGGUCAAAGAGAGGGGUUAGGUUCCCCAACCGCCAAAAUGGCUCCGAUGGACGACGAUCAAGCUUCAGUGACUUGAGCGAUGAUGGUCAAUCUCCCUCCAAGGGCAAGGCUCAGGCCCAGCUUGCCACUGUCAACGAGAAGCCCCCCACUGCAGCUGAUAAACAGGCCGAUUACGAGAAGAAAAAGGCCAACUUCAUUACUCGCACCUUCUGGAGCUUUGUCAUGUUUGGCCUCUUCUUCUCCGCGCUCUUUAUGGGUCACAUCUACAUCAUCACCAUCAUCACGGCCGUCCAAAUCGUCUCCUUCAAGGAGGUUAUCGCUAUCGCCAACGUCCCGAGCCGCGCCCGUUCCCUGCGAUCCACCAAGAGCCUCAACUGGUACUGGCUCGCGACUACUAUGUACUUCCUCUACGGCGAGACUGUCAUCUACUACUUCAAGCAUAUUGUCCUCGUCGACAAGGUGCUGCUACCUCUGGCUACCCACCAUCGCUUCAUUAGCUUCAUUCUCUAUGUCUUUGGCUUUGUCUGCUUCGUCGCUUCCCUGCAGGCCGGUAAUUACAAAUUUCAGUUUACCAACUUUGCCUGGACGCACAUGGCCCUGUACCUCAUUGUCGUUCAGGCCCAUUUCGUCAUGAACAACGUCUUCGAGGGCAUGAUCUGGUUCUUCCUACCCGCCGCCCUCGUCAUCACCAACGAUAUUUUUGCCUACAUUUGUGGCAUUGCCUUUGGUCGCACCCAACUCAUCAAGCUCUCCCCCAAGAAGACGGUUGAGGGCUUCGUUGGCGCCUGGAUCAUGACCGUUUUGUUUGCCAUCCUUCUCGUCAACAUCAUGAUGCGCUCCAAGUACUUCAUCUGCCCUGUCAAUGACCUUGGUGCCACUAUUUUCACUGGCCUCGAGUGCGACCCCAACCCAGUGUUCCACCCCAAGACCUACCAGCUACCCGAGUUCUUUUUCCUUCCUCAGAAGACCAGCUUUUCCGUCACUUUUGCUCCCAUGCAGCUUCACUCCCUCGUUCUCGCCACUUUCGCCUCUCUUAUCGCCCCCUUUGGCGGCUUCUUCGCCUCCGGCCUGAAGCGCACUUUCAAGAUCAAGGACUUUGGUGACUCUAUUCCCGGCCACGGUGGCAUUACCGAUCGCAUGGAUUGCCAGUUUAUCAUGGGUUUCUUUGCGUACAUGUACUACCACACUUUCAUCGCCCUGCACAAGGUCAACCUCGGUAUUGUUCUUGAGACGGCCAUUACCAGCUUGUCUCCUGAUGAGCAGAUGGAGCUCGUCAAGAGCAUGGGCCGCUACCUUGGCAACCAGGGUAUCAUGCCCGAGGAGGUAAGCGAACUCAUUAUCCCAUUCUCAUCGAUGCUAACCGAUUACUGUAGUUCGUUGAAUGCAUUGACAAGUUCAUGCCCUUGA